AUGGACUCCGAAUAUAGGAUAAUACUUAAUGUUGGCGGUGUUAGGCACGAGACAUACAAACACACUUUGAAAAAGAUACCGGCCACGAGGCUAUCACGAUUGACGACCAAUCUUGCCAACUACGACCCGGUUCUAAACGAGUACUUUUUCGAUCGACAUCCUGGUGUUUUCUCACAGAUUUUAAAUUAUUAUCGAACCGGAAAACUACAUUAUCCUUUAGACGUCUGCGGGCCGCUGUUUGAAGAGGAGCUUAAGUACUGGGGAUUGGACUCAAACGAGUGUGAGCCAUGCUGUUGGAUGACACUUUCUGGAACACGCGAUACCCAAGAGGUACUGAAAACUCUGGAUGAGCUCGACAUAGAAGUCGACAAUGCGGAUGGACCAGAAUUGUAUCAACGAUUCGGCUGGGAAGACGAUUUCCAUAAUGACAGCUUGAGUAGGUGGCAGAAGCUGAAACCGAAAAUGUGGCGACUGUUUGAUGAGCCAAGUUCGUCUCGAGGCGCCAAGGUUAUCGCCAUUAUUUCCGUUUUCUUUCUUAUCACUGCUAUACUGGUAUUCUGCUUGAAAACUCAUCCCGGACUCCGAAUAUCGGAAAUCUCUGGAAUAGGAAAUCUGUCUCGAGAAGCGAGGGCCGCCAAUCCAUUAUAA